CUGUUUUUCUCCUUACGGCAGGAUGAAGACGGCGGAGAUCUGUGUGGUCCUGUUUGUCUUGGGCUGUGUGUGUGAACUGUCAUUGUCUUUGGACCCCCGAGAUCCAAAUGUCUGCAGUUUAUGGGAAAGUUUCACCACUUCAGUGAAGGAAUCAUACGCUCAGCCUUUCGACCAAAUGUCUGAAGAGCCCUGCUCUGAACCUUGGAGCGCUAACAAAUGCACCCGGCACAGGAUCACUUAUAAAACGCUUUAUAGGCAGGUGGUGAAAAUGGACUAUCGUAGGAGGUAUCAGUGCUGUCCUGGCUUUUACGAGAGCAGGAAUAAAUGUGUCCCACGUUGCACUAAGGAGUGUGUCCAUGGCCGCUGUGUAGCACCUGAUCGCUGCCAGUGUGAGAUCGGCUGGCGUGGAGAUGACUGUUCCAGCUCGUGUGAUGGUCAGCAUUGGGGUCCAGGCUGCCGGCGUCUCUGCGAGUGCCAGAAUGGAGGAGAAUGUGACGUUCUCACAGGGAACUGUCAGUGUCCAGCCGGAUACACUGGUCAACACUGCCAGGACCCCUGUCCAGUGAAGUGGUUUGGUAAAGGCUGUCGGCAGGAGUGUCAGUGUGGAACUGGAGGAAACUGCAAUCAGACCACUGGAGAGUGUGUGUGCAAACAGGGCUUUACUGGAACUCUCUGUGAGGAGUCAUGUCCGAGGCCAAAACGCUGUGCUGCACGCUGCCCGUGUCAGAACGGAGGAAUCUGCCAGGGCAAUGGGGUGUGUUUGUGUCCACCCGGUUGGAUGGGUGCAGUGUGUACUGAACGGUGUCCACCAGGCCGUUUUGGUAUAAACUGCUCUAAAGAUUGUUUGUGCCAUAACGGAGGUCACUGUGAUCAAGAAAAGGGCCAGUGUCAGUGUGAUGCAGGCUACACCGGAGAAAGGUGUAAUGAGGAGUGUCCGGUGGGCACAUACGGUGAGGACUGUAAAGGUGUUUGUGACUGUGCGAACGGAGCCCGCUGUUAUAACAUCCACGGCGGCUGUCUGUGUGAGCCGGGGUUCAAAGGUCCCCGCUGUGACCAGCGGAUGUGUCCUAAAGGGGCCUUUGGCAUGCACUGCCAACACCGCUGCCUCUGCAACUCACUAAACACCCUCAGCUGUCACCCUCUGAAGGGCGAGUGCACCUGUCAGCCGGGCUGGGCUGGUCUGUACUGUAAUGAAACCUGUGCUCAGGGUUAUUAUGGUAAUGGCUGCCUGGAGCCCUGCCUGUGUGUGAAUGGAGGAGUGUGUGACUCGGUGACCGGCCAGUGUCACUGUCCACCCGGAUACACGGGACUGCACUGUGAGAAGCUGUGUGAGGAUGGUUUCUAUGGAAAGGGCUGCUUGUCUGCUUGUAAAUGUGUGAACUCUAUAGUCUGUUCUCCUAUCGAUGGAACGUGUCUCUGUAAGGAAGGAUGGAGAGGACCUGACUGUUCAAUCGCAUGUUCAGAGGGCACAUGGGGUCCUGGCUGUAACCGAACUUGCAAGUGUACAAACGGAGCGUCCUGCGACCCUGCUGAUGGGUCGUGCAAGUGCACCGCAGGGUGGAGAGGAGCGUCCUGUGACGAGCCCUGUCUGAUCGGGACUUUUGGACCAAGCUGUCAAAACCAAUGUGACUGUGUGCAUGAUGAAGGAUGUGAGAGUGUUACAGGACGGUGUCUGUGUUUACCAGGCUGGACAGGUGUGCGCUGUACACAGCAGUGUUCAGAAGGAACAUGGGGAAUUCAGUGUAACCAGACCUGCUCCUGCCUCAACAGCGCCACCUGUCAGGCACAUACAGGAACCUGCCUGUGUAAACCGGGAUUCUGGGGAGCUCAGUGUCAGCACAUGUGUAGCGCUGGUCUGUUUGGAGAAAAGUGCAGUCGCCAUUGCCCACCAUGUGUCCAUGCCUCCUCCUGCCAUCACAUUACAGGGGAUUGUCAGUGUCUGUCUGGAUAUACUGGACCAUUGUGUGAACAAGCUUGUCCCGUUGGCCGAUAUGGAAAACAUUGUAGCAAUGUGUGCAGGUGCACCAACAAUGCAACAUGUCAUCACGAGGUUGGUUUGUGUAUCUGUCCUGCUGGAUUGACUGGAUCGGACUGCUCUUUAUUGUGUCAGGCUGGGACGUUCGGCAUUAACUGUGCCCAGACCUGCUCGUGUCCCCCAAACCAUUCCUGCGACCCGCACAAUGGAGACUGUGUGUGUGAACCCGCACCAGGAGAGGCCUGUAAACCAGAGCAGGAGUUGAGUGUGAUGGUGCCUGUGUCUCCGGUGGAGAGGGACUCGUGGGGUGCGAUCGCAGGCAUUGUGGUGCUGGUGAUUCUAGUUGUGCUGCUGCUGGCCGUUUUGCUGUUAUAUCGGCGCAGACAGCAGGACAAACAGAGCAACACACCCGUCGUCUCUUUCUCUUCAACACGCACCAUCAGUUCCGAGUACGCCGUGCCUGAUGUUCCGCACAGUUACCAUCACUAUUACUCAAACCCGAGUUACCACACACUGUCCCAGAACAGACCUCCACUGCCACACCUGCCCAAUAACCAGGACCGAGCCAUUAAGAACACCAAUAACCAGCUGUUCUGCAGUCUGAAGAACAUGGAGCGGGAGAGGAGAGGUCUGUUUACAGCUGAUACUAAUGCAACACUUCCUCCAGGCUGGAAACACCAGGAGCCGCCGAAAGAUCCAGGGGCUUUUGGGAUCGAUCGGAGUUACAGCUACAGUGCGACUGUUGGGAAGCACUACAACAAAGAGUUGAAGGAUUCCUGCGUGGCAGUGAGCAGCAGUUCUCUGAACAGUGAAAACCCCUACGCCACCAUUAAAGAUCUGCCCGGCCUGCCGGUGUGUCCUCCUGAGAGCAGCUACAUGGAGAUGAAGUCAGCAGUGCCACGUCAAAGAUCCUACACUCAAAUAAUCAGCCCACCGCUCAUGACUGCCCCCGCUCUGCCCUGCACAGGACACUGUUCCCUUAGCAACGUUGAAGAACAGGAACCUCAGAAUCACUAUGAUCUGCCCAUCAACAGCCACAUUCCUGGGCAUUAUGAUCUGCCCCCGGUGCGCAGACCACCCUCACCAUCACCACGCAGACUGCCAAACUGAUCCUUCACUCUCCAAACCAGAAGACUCUUCUCCUAAAUCACUGCCAAAGACUGAGAGAAAAUGACUGGAGAAUGAAAUGCUGUUUACAGAGGAAUGAAUGGAAAACUGCGCAACACUGCCCUCUGCUGGAUUACAACCAUUGAAUGUUCAUGAAGAAAAAGUUUCUCCUGCAGACAUUUAACCCAUUUAAACCUGUGGAAAGCAAUUAUUGCCCAAGGCUUUAUGGCUCUUUUUCCAUCAGACAAUAUUUUCCAGUGCAUAAAGUACUGGGAUUAAAAUAGACUUGCUGAAUUUCAUGUGGUGACUUAUGAACGUUUCCAUACGAAGUUCUGUGUCCGUCUUUUAAGUUGCUGUGUUUUAAAUCUUAUGUCGGGAAAAAAGGCAAAGGAUCCACAUGUCUGCUCAUAAAAAGAUGUACAAGUUUCUAACAACGAUCUGGGCAUUAAUGGGUUAAAUUCCAGAUAAAUUUCAGUUUGUAACGCUAUUCAUGUAAUCAGGUAAUCAGGGUGUAAAUGACAAUUUAAUUUUUAACAGCCACUAUAAAUAAGUUCGUAAGAUACAAUAUUUUGUUAUGAAUGUCAGGCUUAAGAGUUGUAAAUAGUGUACAUAAAAAGUUUUUUUUCAUGCACAA